AUGUCUUCUUCAGCAGAGAGACCAUUGGUUUCUAACCAAAAGGACGCGCACCUUUUCAUCCUAUUGCAUGGACUUUGGGGUAAUUACAAACAUAUGGAAUCUCUCAAAGAGACAUUAAAGAAUAGCAUUCAAGAUGAUACCGACCGUUUACCACUUGUUUUCUUUUCGCCUAGACAAAAUGCUAUGUUUAAGACAUUUGAUGGUGUGGAGGUAGUGGGGUAUCGUGCCCUAAUUGAAAUAAUCCAAUUUAUCCAGCUACAUCCUGAAUUCAAGUUUACUAAGUUGAGUAUAUUGGGCUAUUCAAUGGGUGGUCUCAUUGCUAGGUUUUUAAUAGGUGUCAUGUUUGAUAAAAACAACGAUGAAGAUGAAAUGAAAGUUUUUAAGGGGAUGGAACCUCAAUUAUUUAUCACAUUUGCUACACCUCAUUUAGGCAUCCAUUUUUAUAACCCAUUGAAUAAUAUGUUAAGGACAUUUUUGAAUCCAAUGUUGACGUUGAUUGGAUCUAACAUUAUCGGUGUCAGUGGAAGGGAAAUGUUCAUAAUGAGGAACACAGAACUGGUAGAAUUAAGUUCAGGGAAAUAUUUGGAUGCACUAAGCAAAUUUAAAUGGCGUAUAGUAUUUGCUAAUGUGAAGAAUGACAGAACGGUGGCAUUCUAUACUUCGUUUAUUACUGAUUGUGAUCCAUUUAUUGACACUGGGAAUGAUAUCAAAUAUAAUUUUGAAGAAAACAUUCCGGGUGAAAAUUAUACAAAUAUUCUUCCAAGAAUCGUGGAUUUGGAAAGAUUGGAUAAAUCUGUUAAUGCUCCUUUAAGACAACAGGAAAAAGUGGUGAAACAUACGGUGUCUAUGGUGUCAUUUCUCAUUUUGGCGUCCAUUUUAGUUUUCCCCUUGGCGUUAAUAUUAAACAUUUGUGGGACGAUAUAUAGUUAUGCUGCUACGUGUAGGUAUCGUAAAUUGAUAUCACAAGGGAAAAUAUCAGGUGUGAUUAAGGAGAAAUUAGCAUCAAAUGAAUCUAGUAGAAUGAGAGAUGAUUUAAAGGAUUAUGUAUCGGAUGUUUAUGGCUCUGUAUUUGAAGACUCAAUUCAGAAUGCUACUGAUAAUGAUAUAAAUGCAUCCAAAAUGGACAGUUCUGUGGAGAAUGAUUCAUCAUGGAACGAUUUUAUUGAUAAAUACUCAAAUAUUGGUCAAGGUCAUUGGAAACAGAACUUUCAUAAGUUACCAUUUGAUAAUCAUAGGGAAACUAUUUUAAGAAACCUUUCCAGUUUAUCAUGGAUACGGGUGCCAAUGUAUAUUAAAGCUGUGAAUGCACAUGGAAGUUUGGUUGCCAGACGAGGUUUAGACGAGAGUACACCAAAGACGAGUUUGGCCUGUUUGGAAUUUGCUGGUCAAUUAUUAAAUUAUUUAUUAGAUCAUUAA